AUCGCCGACCUCUUCAAGAGCCGCCCUCUUCGACGACUUGGAAUCGUUGAACGCUCGGUGUUUGCUGGUCUUUCCUUCAAAGACCUCCGUCUCCUAUUUCCCUUUUACACAGUACUAGUUGCGAAAUCUCCAUCGGAGUCGACCGCAAACAUGGACAUUCUCAACUCGACCAUCAGCAUGUCGAAUCAGACUAGCGACUACCUCUCCGUCCUCGAGGAGGUCUCCAAGUACAAUAUCCAACUCAACUUCCUCGAGAAGCUCUGGGCCGCUUGGUACAUUUACAUGCAAAACGACACCCUCGCCACCGGCCUCAUGAGCUUUGUUCUCCACGAACUCGUCUACUUUGGUCGCUGCAUCCCCUACAUGCUCAUGGAUUGGAUCCCCUUCUUCAACCGCUACAAGAUCCAGGCCCAGAAGAUCCCCACCAUCAAGGAGCAGUGGGAUUGCGCCGUCAUCGUCCUCGUCAGCCACUUCACCGCCGAGCUUCCUCAGAUCUGGUUCUUCCAUCCUAUCGCCACCUGGUUCGGCAUGGACUACGGAGUUCCCUUCCCUCCCGUGUGGAAGAUGGCUGUCCAAAUCACCAUCUGCUUCAUUAUGGAGGAUGCUUGGCACUACUGGUUCCACCGCGCCCUGCACUACGGUCCCCUCUACAAGGCCAUCCACAAGAUGCACCAUACCUACGCCGCUCCCUUUGGUCUUGCUGCUGAGUACGCCUCGCCCAUUGAGACUGCUCUCCUCGGUAUCGGUGUCGUCGGCGCUCCCAUCCUCCUCAUGGCCUUCACUGGCGAGCUCCACCUCUUCACUAUGUACGUCUGGAUCACGCUCCGCCUCUUCCAGGCCAUCGACGCCCACAGCGGCUACGACUUCCCCUGGAGUCUGCGCCACUUCCUCCCCGUUUGGGCUGGCGCCGAGCACCACGACCUGCACCACGAGAAGUUUAUUGGCAACUACGCUUCCAGCUUCCGCUGGUGGGACUACUGCCUGGACACUGAGGCCGGUGCUGAGGCUAACAAGCGCCGCCGUGAGAAGAAGCUUGCUCUGCUCAAGGCUCAGAAGCAGCAAUAAGCGACUGUAGCGACUUCAAUGGGCAGCACAUCUUGAUUGCGGUGAAUCAAGGCUGCUCUAGAGGCGAAAGGAAUGAAGGAGAAAAUAUUCAGUUCAUGAUUGAAUCAAGACUGAAUGUGGCACAUAACCAGUCCGUUGCCCGAGCGGCGGUACGAGCAUUCGCACGGCGUUGGGGAUGUUGAUCGAGAACGACUUUUUACGCUUGUAUAUACAAAAAACCGCAUAAGCCCGGGAGAGGCUCUAGACAUACGUACUUAAUACUCAGCGUCGUUCGUUGACCUAGGAAAAUAACAC